CUCUUUUUCUUUCUCUAAAGGAAGCCCUGCAAAAAAUCAGGCAGAAGAAUACCAUGCGGCGGGAAGUCACUGUUGAGCUCAGCAGCCAAGGAUUCUGGAAGACGGGAAUUCGUUCUGAUGUCUGUCAGCACGCCAUGAUGCUUCCUGUCCUAACGCACCACAUCCGUUACCAUCAGUGCCUGAUGCAUUUGGACAGACUAAUAGGCUACACUUUUAAAGACCGGUGCUUACUGCAGCUUGCCAUGACUCACCCAAGCCAUCACUUGAACUUUGGAAUGAAUCCAGACCAUGCCAGAAAUUCCUUGUCAAAUUGUGGGAUUCGGCAACCCAAAUAUGGGGAUAGGAAAGUUCACCAUAUGCAUAUGAGGAAGAAAGGUAUAAACACUUUGAUCAAUAUUAUGUCACGUCUUGGUCAAGAUGAUCCAACUCCUUCCAGGAUUAACCACAACGAACGCUUGGAAUUUUUGGGAGAUGCUGUGGUUGAGUUUUUAACUAG